AAUCUCAUUCCUCCCACAACUUCACACCUCAUGGAGAAGGCGAUCAACAGGCAGAGCAUUUUGCUACAUCAUCUCCGGCCUUCUUCUUCCGCUUACACAAAUGAAUCUUCGCUCUCUGCAUCGGUUUGUGCAGCUGGGGAUAGUGCUUCGUAUCAAAGGACAUCGGUGUUUGGAGAUGAUGUCGUGAUUGUUGCAGCGUACCGUACUGCCAUUUGCAAAUCGAAGCGUGGUGGCUUCAAGGAUACUUAUCCCGAUGAUCUGCUCGCCCCUGUUUUGAAGGCAUUGAUAGAGAAAACUAAUUUGAAUCCAAGUGAAGUUGGGGAUAUUGUUGUUGGUUCUGUACUUGCACCAGGCUCUCAGAGAGCUAGUGAAUGUAGGAUGGCGGCUUUCUAUGCCGGCUUCCCUGAAACUGUGCCCGUUAGAACUGUUAAUAGGCAAUGUUCGUCGGGGCUGCAGGCCGUUGCUGAUGUAGCUGCAGCUAUAAGAGCAGGGUUUUAUGAUAUUGGAAUUGGAGCUGGGUUGGAGUCUAUGACUACUAAUCCAAUGGCUUGGGAAGGAUCUGUCAACCCAAGAGUGAAAUCAAUAGAAAAUGCACAGAACUGCCUUCUUCCAAUGGGUGUAACCUCAGAAAAUGUUGCCCAGCGUUUUGGGGUGUCAAGGGAGAAGCAGGAUCAGGCUGCUAUUGAGUCUCACCGGAAGGCUGCAGCUGCCACUGCUAGUGGAAAAUUUAAGGAUGAAAUUAUCCCAGUUUCUACUAAGAUUAUUGACCCUAAAACUGGUCAAGAAAAACCGGUUACAAUCUCUGUGGAUGAUGGGAUUCGGCCUAACACAACUCAAGCAGAUCUGGGGAAAUUGAAGGCUGUGUUUAAGAAAGAUGGGACUACCACUGCAGGUAAUUCCAGCCAGGUGAGUGAUGGUGCUGGAGCUGUUCUCCUCAUGAAGAGAAGUGUUGCAAUGCGAAAAGGGCUCCCCAUUCUUGGUGUUUUCAGGACCUUUUCUGCUGUGGGUGUGGAUCCUGCUAUCAUGGGUGUUGGCCCGGCUGUAGCAAUUCCAGCUGCUGUCAAGGCUGCUGGACUUGAACUGAACGAUAUUGAUCUUUUUGAGAUAAAUGAGGCAUUUGCAUCCCAAUUUGUUUAUUGUCGUAACAAGUUGGGGCUAGAUCCAGAAAAGAUUAAUGUCAAUGGGGGAGCAAUCGCCAUUGGACACCCAUUGGGUGCAACAGGCGCCCGCUGUGUCGCUACAUUGUUGCAUGAGAUGAAACGCCGUGGCAAAGAUUGUCGUUUUGGAGUCAUAUCAAUGUGCAUAGGCACGGGAAUGGGGGCGGCAGCUGUAUUUGAGAGGGGUGAUUGUGUUGACGAACUUUGCAAUGCUAAGAAAGUUGAAGGAGGUGUCAAUCUUCUGUCCAAGGAUGCUCGUUAGAACAGAACUUCAUAGCCCUUUCAGUAGUGCAAGACAAAGGACGAAUCACUCAAUAAAAGGCGGCUAUAGUUAUAAUGAAGAUUUGAUUAUUUAUUUGGUUGUAAUCCCAGCAUUUCCCUCACCCUCUUGUUUCCAUAUUGGACACACCGAGUUUUUUUAGUGUCUUUUGAUUUGUUUCCAAAAGGGGUUCGAAGUUGAUCUUUUGCAAAACUAGUCGCUAGUUAUUUGGUUUGAAUUCAACAGGUGAAUUGAUCUUUAGGCUUUUGUU